AUGCUAAAACUCCUGAGUAGUCAUUAUUCUCCGUAUUUACUGCUGGAAAACUCCGGCAGUGUUGCCCGAGAUCACCUUGCGUCAGAACGCACGUUUCUUGCGUACGUGCGAACGAGCCUUGCUAUUGCUUCGGCGGGUGUAGCUCUCGUUCAACUAUUUUCUGUCUCUUCAUCAUCGAGGUCAUCGGACCGAAUUAAGGAAAAUUUACUGCGAUUUGCCCGUCCCUUAGGUGCAACUAUAGUCAUGAUCGGUAUUAUUGUGUUACUCAUCGGUCUCUUUCGUUACUUCCGCAUCCAAGCAGCACUCAUUUCUGGCAAAUUCCCUCCCGCACGCUUAACUAUCGUGUUUAUGUCCUCUGCAAUUGUUUGUCUUGUUAUCAUCGUGUUUAGCAUUUUAGUACAAGCCGCCCGUUAA